UGGGUGUGGAUCGAAAUGAACCGAGUUUGCUUAAGGUUCGUGGAAUCACAGAAUGAUCCAAAGAAUGAUCCGCUUGUACUGUGGUUCAACGGUGGUCCAGGAUGCAGCUCACUUGGUGGGUUGAUCGAAGAACUUGGUCCGUUCUAUCCAAAUCCGGACGGGAAAACACUGUUUGAAAAUCGAUUCUCUUGGAAUAAGUUCGCUAACGUCAUUUUCCUGGAGUCGCCUCGAGAUGUUGGUUUCUCAUAUCGAUCGAGCGAUGCUCAACCCGAUGAUGUAUGGAAUGAUGAUAAGGUAAAACUGGUUGUUUUUCGAAUAUCUCUUCGGUCAUGA